AUGGCUAUGUCUGUUCACAAGGUUGAGCCAAAAGGUCGAACCGUUGGUGGCACAGAGUGCAGCUGGUGCAGAGCGGUUCGCGGCGGAACCGGCACCGCGGUUCUGGCAUUGCUAACAUCAAAAGCCCCUGAUAUUUCCCGUCUCCAAAAUGCACUCCAAAUAUUACAAAAUUCCCAUCCUAUCCUCAAGUCGAAGCUCCAUUCUAAGGAGGGGACAUUCUCCUUCGUUACCUCUCCCACUCCCUUCGUCAAGAUCCAAUCUCACAACAUAUCCACAAGUUCCAAGAUCCUCGGAAGAAACGGAAACGACACCGUUUCUCCCUUUCAACAAAUCCUAGAACACGAGCUGAACCAGAACACCUGGCAUGAUCCUAGCCGUGCAUCACACACUACCAGCAGCAGUAGUGGCUCUGACAUGUUCGUGGCAAGCAUUUACGCGAUGCCUGACGCAGCAACGUGGGUAAUGGUGAUGCGGCUUCAUGUCGCCGCGUGUGACAGAACAACGGCGGUGUCGCUUUUGAGGGAGCUGCUCGUGCUGAUGAUGAACGAGGAAGAGGGGAAUAUUGCAAGGACAGAGAUUAAUAGUAGUGAAGAUUGGAAUAAGGGAGAGGUUGGUUUGGCCAUAGAGGAUCUUAUCCCAGGUGGGAAGGCCAAGAAAGCCAUAUGGGCACGUGGAAUCAACGUGCUUAGUUACUCUGUGAACUCUCUUAGGCUAACUAAUUUGAAAUUUCAUGACACAAAAAACGCAAGGUUUUCUCAAAUUGUGAGACUGCAACUCAACCACAAUGACACCAAGAGGGUUUUAGCUGGUUGCAAGCAGAGCUUGAUUAAACUAUGUGGAGCAUUGACUGCUGCGGGAUUGAUGGCUAUAUAUAGCUCCAAGAAUAGUUCCAAGAAGUACGGGAUUAUUACUCUCACUGAUUGCCGAUCCAGUCUCGAACCACCUCUCUCGAUUCAAAAUUUUGGGUUUUAUCACUCUGCCAUUCUCAACAACCACGAGAUCAAAGGAGGAGAAAGUCUUUGGGAGCUAGCGAAGAGGAUUUAUGGAACUUUUGCAAACUCAAAGAACAACAACAAGCACUUUUCAGACAUGGCUGACAUGAACUUUCUCAUGUGCAAGGCCAUAGAUAAUCCAGCUUUGACUCAAUCAUCCUCGUUAAGAACGUCCAUAAUGUCGGUGUUCGAGGACACGGUGAUCGACAACGACGGCGAGAUGCAACGAGAGAUCGGGUUAGAGGACUACGUUGGGUGUGCUUCGGCUCAUGGUAUGGGCCCAUCUAUCGCCAUUUUCGACACCAUAAGAGAUGGAAGGCUAGAUUGUGUGUGCGUGUAUCCAGCGCCAUUGCACUCCAGGGAACAGAUGCAAGAGCUUGUUAACAAGAUGAAGGCUAUCCUCAUUGAAGGUGGAAAGACAUACGAGGACAUUUGA